AUGGACCCCACUACAACAGGGACCUCACGGCCACACUGCAACAGGGACCUCACGGCCACACUGCAACAGGGACCUCACGGCCACACUACAACAGGGACCUCACGGCCACAUACAACAGGAACCUCACGGCCACACUGCAACAGGGACCUCACUACAAUAGGGACCUCAAGGCCACAUUACAACAGGGACAUCACGGCCACACUACAACAGGGACAUCACUACAACAGGGACCUCACGGCCACACUACAACAGGGACCUCACUACAACAGGGACCUCACGGCCACAUUACAACAGGAACCUCACGGCCACACUGCAACAGGGACCUCACUACAACAGGGACCUCACGGCCACACUACAACAGGGACCUCACGGCCACACUACAACAGGGACAUCACGGCCACACUACAACAGGGACCUCACUACAACAGGGACCUCACGGCCACACUACAACAGGGACCUCACGGCCACAUACCACAGGGACCUCACGGCAACACUGCAACAGGGACCUCACGGCCACACUACAACAGGGACCUCACGACCACACUACAACAGGGACCUCACUACAACAGGGACCUCACAUCAACACUGCAAAAGGGACCUCACGGCCACACUACAACGGGGACCUCACGGCCACACUUCAACAGGGACCUCACUACAACAGGGACCUCACGGCCACACUUCAACAGGGACCUCACGGCCACAUACAACAGGGACCUCACGGCCACACUACAACAGGGACCUCACGGCCACACUUCAACAGGGACCUCACGGCCACACUUCAACAGGGACCUCACGGCCACAUACAACAGGGACCUCACGGCCACACUACAACAAGGAUGCCACACUUCAACAGGGACCUCACUACAACAGGGACCUCACAUCAACACUGCAAAAGGGACCUCACGGCCACACUACAACGGGGACCUCACGGCCACACUACAACAGGGACCUCACGGCCACACUACCACACUGACCUCACUACCACACGGACCUCACUACCACAGGGACCUCACUACAACAGUUGCCUCACUACCACAGGCACCUCACUACAACAGGGACCUCACUACAACAGUGGCCUCACUACCACAGGCAACUCACUACAACAGGGACCUCACUACCACAGGCACCUCACUACAACAGGGACCUCACUACAACAGUGGCCUCACUACCACAGGGACCUCACUACCACAGGCACCUCACUACAACAGGGACCUCACUACAACAGUGGCCUCACUACCACAGGCAACUCACUACAACAGGGACCUCACUACAACAGUGGCCUCACUACCACAGGCAACUCACUACAACAGGGAUCUCACUACAACAGUGGCCUCACUACCACAGGCACCUCACUACAACAGUGGCCUCACUACAACAGGGACCUCACUACCACAGGCACCUCACUACAACAGGGACCUCACUACAACAGUGGCCUCACUACCACAGGCAACUCACUACAACAGGGACCUCUCUACCACGGGGACCUCACUACCACAGGGAUCUCACUACAACAGGGACCUCACAACCACGGGGACCCCACUACAACAGGGACCUCACUACAACAGGGACCACACUGCCACAGUGACCUCACUACCACAGGGACCUCACUACAACAGGGACCUCACUACCACAGGGGACCUCACUAGAACAGUGAGCUCACUACCACAGUGA